AUGGCUGCCAUGUUCAGUCAGAACCCCCUCAUGAACGGGCCCAACUAUUCGUUCAACGAUGCGCCGAGGACAGCAGCCCCCGAGGGUGCGCGACAGCAUCGUUUUGAUCCAUACACGGACAACGGCGGUUCGACGCUUGCUAUUGCUGGCGCUGACUUCACAAUCAUGGCCGGUGACACCCGCCUGACAUCAGGCUACAGCAUCAACUCGCGAUACCAUCCCAAGCUAUUCAAGAUCGGAGGCACCACGGCAGACCAGAAGGACGCCACCAUCGUCUUGUCCGUCGUUGGCUUUGCGGCAGAUGGAGAGGCCUUGAAAGAACGUCUCGACGCUAUUUGCAAAAUGUACCGCUACCGCCACGGCAAGCCCAUGAGCGUCAAGGCAUGCGCUCAGCGUCUGUCGACCAUUCUAUAUCAGAAACGUUUCUUCCCCUACUACGUCUAUGCCAUUCUCGGUGGUUUGGAUGAGGAGGGCAAGGGCGCCGUCUAUUCGUACGAUCCCGUUGGAAGUUACGAGAGGGAACAGUGCCGGGCUGGCGGCGCGGCGGCCAGCUUGAUUAUGCCGUUCUUGGACAACCAGGUCAACUUCAAGAACCAGUAUGAGCCUGGCAGUGGUGUUGGCCAUGCGCUCCAGGAGCGCGAGCGCAAGCCGCUCACACGAUCCGAGGGCGAGGUUUUGGUCAAGGAUGCCUUCGACGGAGCUGUUGAGCGUCACAUCGAGGUCGGUGAUGGCCUGCAGAUGAUGGUCAUCACCAAGGACGGAAUCGAGGAAGUUUUGCUCCCAUUGAAGAAGGACUAA